AUGUCUAUCCCACAAAACGCUCUUCCCGCCGCUGUCAAGCUUCGCGAGUCCGCUCUCACUGCCUUCAAAACUUAUCAGGACAUGAAAGAGGGACUGAACAGCGCUGCCGCUCCCACCAUUCUGGGCGUAGCCGCUAAUUACUGUGUUCAGCUUAUCGACACCAAGGAUCCGUGUCUGCUUAUGCACCAGCCAAUGCACAACGUGCUUUUCCUUGUUAGAGGCGAGUACAAUACCCGCAGCACUGGAGUUCACGCCAUCGCGCCCCCAGCCGACCUUGACACUAUCAAAGAAUAUUGUCGCGCUGUUCUCGCCGCUGCGCAGGUCGUUCCACCACCCGUUACUGCUCAAGCUCAGGCUCAGGCUGAGAUUGCAGAGGUAAUGGCUGCCACUAAAGCCAAGCGCGGAUACAUUUUGAAACAGCGUCCCCGCAAGCUUGUCAAGUCCAAGGCUGUCGUCGAGGACAAGGUCGACGAGGUCGAGAUUGUCCCCAGCCCCUCGGAUACCGACGUUAUGAUGGGACACAAUUUUAAUAUUGUGUACCGCUUUGCUCAGAUGGCAGUGGACAACCUCUUUGGUGACGAAGAAGUCAAGGACGCCGCUUCCUCUCCCAAAGAGAAAGGCAAGAAGCGCGCUGCCUCUGGUCCCAAGACCCCAGCCAAAUCCAAGCGUGCCAAAACGGUCAGCAUUCCCUACGACGCUGUUCCAGGCAUGGACACUAACAGUCGCGAAUUUCACAAGGCCCUCGUCAUCGAGCAUGCCAAAGGCAGUUGCGCCGGCGACAAACACCCUCGUACUGAACCGCCCUUUAUUAGUGGUUUAGCAGAUCUUCAGUCUUGUCAAAGUUCGUAUUUAUCUUUGGUUUCCACUGUAGACGCGGUGCCCGAUUCUUGA